GGAAACCGGAAGUUGUUGCCCGGCGGAAGAGCCGAGAGGCCGUGGGCCGGCAGGAUGGGCUCCAGCUCCCUGGUGCAGCAGAAGUACCGGAAAUGUCUGGAGAGGGAUUUCCGAAGGGGCCACUCGGGGGUCUGCACUGACCUGGCCCUGAGGGAGUGGCUGCGGCAGCGCCUGCUGGCAGAUCCGGAGCUGCACUAUGCCCUGCGGAAUGACGCCUUUGCCAUGCUCACCAGCAGCCUUCAGGGAUGGGACGCCCUGCCCUUGGCACUCAGGCGGCUGGCCAGGGCCUUUGAGGUCCUUGAGCUGGCAGCUGUCAAUCUGCACCUCCUCCCUUGGCGCAAGGAGUUCAGCACAAUCAAGAUGUUCUCGGGGGUGUACGUGCACUCCCUGCAGGCGGCACUGUCAGACAGUGACAUCGCAAAGAGCUUCCACAGGAUGGGAUAUGUGAAGAGAGAUGACCAUCACCUCGUGGUGUCCCAGCCACCCCCGGGUGCUGAGCUCAUCCAGGCUGCCUGCGGCUUCUUUGCAGCAAGGGUGGAGUGUGAGAUCCUGGGGGAGAUCCUGUGGCAGCUGGAGCCAUGCCAAGUGUCUGCUGAAGACCUGCUCCAGGUGCGGAAGGGCACCAGGGACCUGCAUGAUUGUGUGGAGAAGCUGCAGAGACUUGCUAGAUGGCCGAAAGGCAGAGAGCCCAGAGCCAAGGCAGCUCCUGGCUGUGCUGAAAGCAUUGAUCUCUAUGGAGAUGAGCUGCAAAGCCCAGAGGCUGCGACCCUGUACAGUGACCCCAUGGAAGCCAGGCUGCUAUCACCCCCAUGGGCUUUGUCCUCCCAGGAGCUAUACAGGCCUCCCAUCUGGGAACAGAGCCCCACCCUGUGGAGUGAGGCUGUUGGAGUACCUGGUCCUGAGGAUCUCGGGGGAAACGAGGGAAGGAUCUGGAAGAACCGGAGGGCUAGUGAAUCUGGCCAGGAACAGCCUUAUAGAAAUGGGCCCAACUCAGAGGCUGCCGCCUUCUCUUUUAUCUCCUUAAGAGGGGAGCUUAGCAAGAUCAGUGACUCAGUCUCUCCUGAGACCAUGGGGAGCACAAACCCUUCUCUGAGCUCCCCUUCUGACACUGCAGUGCUUGAGCCACACGGGGCAGCAAGCUGCCUAAUGCCCCACUCUGCUGGCAAAGUUAUGCCCUCAGAGUGCAGAACUGCCAGAUUCUUGCCCAUGGCUACAGAGACACCAUGGGAGCUGCUGCCUGCUACCCCACGGCUAGAGAGCAGCGAAAGGGAAGUGCUGGAGUCGCCCAGCUACCAGCUACAUUCAUGCCUGAUCCAAGGUGCUCUCCCCUCGUACUGCUGUGCCACAUGCUGCCUGCUCCACGCCAGCAGCUGUGAUGCCAUGCAGACCUGCAGGAGUAACCACUGCAUGCAGGAGCUGCAGAGUGAGCAGCAGAAGCUCCUGUGGUUACAGAGGACCCAAGUGGACAUGCUGCUGAACAAAGGCUCUGGGGCUCGGCCCUAGCUACAGGACGAGCUGCCUCCCUAGUGCCUGCAAAUGCUUUGGGAUGUGUCAACCAAACCCUACCUCUGGGGGAAGCAUCAGGACUUGCCUGAUGACACCUGGUUCUGUUCUAGGGGAAGCCUCUAGCGGCAGAGUUGAUUUCCUCCCCCACCCCGCUACAGCAGUGCUCUGUAGACUCGCCCCAGAUCCUCCCCUGCUGUAGCUGCCUACAAUAACCCUGCCCUACAUUCAACACUACUCUUCCCUCCCAAGUCCCAUAAGCCAAUUCCAGGGAUUGGCCUCUGCUGGGUCUCUGGCAUGAUCUCCUGGCCCUGCUUAGUCACAGCUCUAGCUUCCCUCUGCCCGAGGAGCAGGGGCCUCUUAGCUCACAUGCUUCUCAGGACAGCCUGAAAUACUGGAUCUAGGUACAGACAAGGAGAAAUGAGAGACUUGCUCUUUUUCAAGCGAUUCCCUUGAGUUGGUGGAAGGAUGCUGCUCUGUCCAGGUGCUCUGUGGCAUGGCCCAUGUGGACAGCACUCCCCCUGCCCCAGGAGAGAAGCACAGAUGAACUGUCCCCCAAAGGCCAGCCAUGAGAGGAGAGAAGAUGGCUUGGAGGUGAUCUUGUGCUGGUUCUAUCCAUUGCUGCUCAGGCUGACUGGCCUUAAGGUUCUGGGUGGGACAGAAGGUGCCCAGGGGAAGAAGUGUCUGGGUUUAGGCUGGGCCCUGGCUCCUCCUGGCAGUGGGUGUUUGAGCUCGAGCAGCUUUUCCCCCAGAUUGAUGGGUCAUAUGGAAGUGACAAAUGCUUUGAGCUGUGUGCAUCUGCCCAUUAUUGGGUGAUGUGUCUCCCGCACCCUGCCUGCCUCAGCUGCCCUGGGCGAGUUGACAGCCUUCAGGGAGUUAGCAAGCUUGGCUCUUGCCCUGCAGUAUCCCCUAGUACCAAAUUCUUGUCCUCAUGAGCGCCAUGGCACUUGGGGUUCUCCAGAAUCAACGGUUGCUGGAGCUUUGGAAGAAGGGUUACACUGUUAGUCCCAUGGGAUGCAGUGCAGUAAGAGUUCCCUUGGCCAAUGCUCUAGCUCCUUGGUCAGCAGAGCCUCAGGGAUUCAGUUCCCAUCUCCCCAGGGCUCAGCUCUGAUGUCUCAGGCCCCUAUUCCUCUGCCUAGGUCCCUGCUUGCACCUUUCCUGGGUGCUUUUGGGCACAGCAAAGCUGCUCCUUCCUGUAUCAAAGGUUAAGUGGACUGGGCACUGGCUCCUGGAAAUGACAGCCAAUCCCCUCCCUCUGCGCACAACCCAGCUGGAAACUCAAAGGCAGCAGAAUGCUGGACCCAGGAAAGCCAAAAAGGGAGUUGCCUGCUGCUGUUGCCUGGGGGGAAGGGGGCUGUCUCUCCCUCUUGCUACACUGUUUAGAGCAGCACUGCCAGGGCUUCUGGCUCAAACUCAGGGAGGGGAAGCUGAGAACACUGGGGACGGCCCCCACUUUCAGUGUGAGGUAGCUGAAAUCAGUGCCAGCAGCCAGGCACUAAACAGAGCCACCUGAAAACCCACCCCAGGUCAAAUCCAGUGGUGAUGAGUGCUGUACCUUACAGGG